AUGAUGGUCGUGGACGGCGCCGAAGCGUUAUUCGUGAUCGAAUCUGCGGUUCCUUCCAAAUUCCCAGACUUCCCUCCAAAGGAAGAUAUGGGAACGAUAAAGGUGUACACCUCAGAACUGCAGCCUGGCACCGACUACAAAACGCUGUUCGUCAGCACCAACACGUCGGCCGAUGAAAUGAUACAGUUAGUAUUGGCGAAGUUCGGUCGUCAAUGCCGAGACCCGAACCUCUUCUACCUCACAAUGGAGCUGAACACGAAGUACGAGGGCGCCAGCGUGUCUAACAGUCUCGUUCUGGACAGAGACGCCAAACCGCUGGAGCUGCAAGCGUGUCACCCGAAAGAAAUGUCAAAGUUUCUGCUCCACGUUCGUCCCAGUUUCCAGAUCCGCGUCUACGAUCACUGUCUACAUAGCGCGUCAAACUACAAAAGCUUGCUCAUAUCGAACAAAACGACAUGCCUGGAGACGAUUCGUCUAGUCCUAAAAAUGAACAAAGUAUCGUACGCAGCUGAAGAGUUCAACAUUGUCUUGAAGAACAUCAUCACUGGAGCGCGCCAUCAACUGCCUCAUGACCUCACUCUGGCAUCCGUUGAGAGUUACUGCACUACGGGGGCGUAUCAGCUACAUCUGAAGGCACCGCCGAAGCCGAUGACCAUCAGCCGGCGUUGCCUCGUCGGCGGUGCAUUUCGUCCCCCGUUCUUGAUUGAUGAAGACCCGUUUUCAGGAUUGGCUUCCGAGCUGGCCAACUUUAUCUGA